AAAACGAACUUUAUUGCUACCAUUUCGGUUUGCUAGAGCAAAUGCCCUUGUCGGUGAAGCUCGCUGACAAAAUAGUAAAACAAAGCAUCCUGUGAAGUGUUUUGAUACGAAAUAUUGUUCUUUAGAGCAUAAUUUUGCUUUUAAAAUAUGGCUGCUAAGAUUUUCCCUGUCGUCAAGUUUGCAACAAAAGUGACCAUUGCGGGAGGAGCCCUGUAUGUGGCAUAUGAUUCAGGACUUCUUGGAGGUAGUAAUGAGGGAUCUGUGGCCUUGGCCCGAGCUAAAUCAGCCAUACCACCUGCUGUGGAUGAGUGGAUGAAGUACUUUGGCUUCGAGCUUCCAGCAACCCCCAAAAUUGAGUUCUCCCCAUUGGAUGCUUGGAACUCAGGGGUCCAGAAGUCUAUCCACGCUUUAUCGGUUGCUCCGUCCACAGUUGGUGACUACACCAAACAAGGCCUGCAAUACGUUAAAGACCUGUCAAAAUGAAUCUUCAGCAUUAGUGUAAUAUGCUGUCAAGAAAUUUCAAUCAUUGAGAAGACUUGGACAAAUCAAGAAGCGAUUUCCACUUCAUAUAUACAUCACAGACUGAAUUCCACUCACUUUUGAGAAACAACUAUUGGAAAUAAUGAAGAUUCUACUUGUGCAAACCAAAAUAUGUCCUUGUUUGUGCACAUGUUCUCCAGAUAGAAAUACAAUUGUCAAAAAUGAACCCUAAUUUCAAAUAAUAAGAGCUCGUUCUUUGUGUAUUGUUACUCAACACUUGUAUUUAUUUGGGAAAUCUUUUCCUGGAAAUGCUCUGUUCUGGUUUUGUCCCAUCUGUAAUUUUACAAAA